GUGUUUUUGGCAACUCUUCCUCUCUUCUCCUCUUUUACCUAUCUUCCCUUCCAUCUCUCCUUUUCUCAUUUAUUGCAUUUGCUCCUUCUUUUCUCUCUCUUAUUCAAUGUAAAUUUCCCCUCCCUUUUUUUUUUUACAAAAAAACUUCAAAGUUUCUUCCUCUGUUUUCUCCCUCACUCUCUCUCCUCCAAUUUCACAUCAAACUGCAUUGAUUUCUGAUGACCCUGAUCUUUUUUUUUUUUAAUGAUUUCAAGAAUUCUACUGCUAUAAAAACUAAUUUGAAUGAUGUAAUGUAAUAUCAAAAGAGCAAUAUGUCUCAUUUAUUGCAAUAGUUUUUUUUUUGCAGAAACAGAGUUCAGCUUAAAACUCGCUGAUCGUACAAAAUUUCUCUCUCUUAUAUCAACAAUUAUUUCUUCGAUUUCCCAAGAUAGAUAUUGCUUACUUCCACUUUUCCCAAUUUCGCUUUAUAAAUACAUUUAAUCUUCAUCUUUGUCAAUUUAUUUCUCUCUCUUUUUUUCUUUUAUGGGUUGAUUGAAAAAAUGGGUUAUCUUUCUUCUGUCAAAAUUCGAAGCUUUUGAGUGAAAUUCUUGAAAAUUGGUAUCUGGGUUAUUGUUAUUUUCUUUGUUUAAAUUCUGGGUUUGUCUCAGAAAUUGAAAUUGAGGAAAAAUUUAGGAGAGAGAAAAUGGGAAGAUCUCCUUGUUGUGAUAAGCUAGGGUUGAAGAAAGGACCAUGGACAACUGAAGAAGAUGAACUUCUUGUCAAAUAUAUUAACCAACAUGGUCAUGGAAAUUGGCGUUCUCUCCCAAAAAAUGCAGGUCUUCUUCGGUGUGGAAAGAGUUGUCGGCUUCGUUGGACAAAUUAUCUUAGGCCAGACAUUAAACGCGGUCCAUUUACUCCUGAAGAAGAAAAACUUGUUAUUCAGCUGCAUGCCAUUCUAGGCAAUAGGUGGGCUGCAAUUGCUGCACAACUACCAGGAAGAACGGAUAAUGAGAUCAAGAACUUGUGGAACACCCACUUGAGAAAACGGCUUGUUUGCAUGGGCCUCGAUCCUCAAACCCAUGAACCGUCUCCUACAUCUUCUGGGCCAACUACAAAAUACCCAGCAUCCCCCUCUACUCGCCACAAGGCCCAAUGGGAAAGUGCAAGGCUUGAAGCUGAGGCCCGGCUUUCAAGUGAGUCUUUACUGUGUAACUCACAUUCUUCAGAGAUCCUUGAUUCUGACCAUUUCCUCCGCCUUUGGAACUCUGAAGUUGGAGAAUCAUUUCGAAAGUUUGAAAUGAAGGAAACGAUUGCAUGCCAAAGCCCGAUAUCUCAAGCAUCCACGUCUACUACAAAAUGUGCCUCUACUUCAGGUCUCACAAUGGAUAACCAAGAAGAAGAGAUUGUGUUUAAGGAUUUAAUUAAAACCGAAAUUGUUGAUGUAAAUACAAGAUCAGAUUCUUCGAGCUCCAAUGAGGUAGAGGAUUCAUCCGAGUCUGCAUUACAGCUGCUAUUGGAUUUCCCAGGAAGCAAUGACAUGAGCUUCUUGGAAGAUCCUGUUGAUGGCUACUCCAUCUUCCCUUGGAUGAUGAAUCCACUAUUGAAUAUCUUCUGAUAGUUUGUGUGUUCUUCAACUUUCACUGCAGGUAUAUGGGUUUUUUUUGGUCACUUUCAGUAGUAAGUAUUAUAGUUGUACCUUGAAGUUAUUUUUCCAAUCUAGUGAUGUAUAUUAGGUCAGAUUAAGCUAAUAGAAGGCCUCUCUUGAUAGUCAGUCAGAUGCAGAUCAGGUCCAUGCUACUAUAUCUGUUUUGUGAUGUACCCACAGAGUUUUGGGAUUGUAAUGUUAUCUGUAGAAUCAUUGACCACCUUGAUUGGAACUGGAACAUAUGUAUAUCAGUAUAUGGUUGAAUCUUCACUUUA